AUGCCGUCCUCCGCCCCCCUCAUCCGCUCCAAAGCCAACGGACCUAACGGCCACAAACCCGAAAUCCCCGUCAGCUACGACAUCAACAUUCCCUACGUGGACGUCGAAAAGCAAUCCAAGAUCAAAACCCCGUACCCAGAAUACCUCCCAACCUGGGAUCCAAUCUGGUUCGACCCACUCCCAGAACACACCUACAGCGACCCAGCACUGCGCGUAAAAGACAAAAGCAAGCCUCACCUCCUCACAGCCAACGUAACAAUCAAAGACAUCCAACCCGCCAUCGGCUCCGUGAUCGAAGGCCUCCAACUCUCCACCCUAACACCCACGCAAAAAGACGAGCUCGCCCUCCUCAUCUCCGAGCGCAAGGUCCUCGCCUUCCCAGACCAAGACCUCAUCGACGCCGGCCCCGCAGAACAAGAAGCCUUCAUGCGCUACUUCGGCAAACCAAACUACCAGCCCGUCUCCGGCACAGUCCGCAACCACCCCGCCUUCCACGUCAUCCACCGCGACGGCAACCGCGAGGAGAUCGCGCGCUUCCUGGAAGCACGCACCACCACCACGCUGUGGCACCAGGACGUCAGCUACGAGAUCCAGCCGCCGGGCUACGUCAUGCUGGGCCUGCUGCAGGGCCCGGAGGUGGGCGGGGACACGGUCUUUGCGGCGACGGAUAUGGCGUAUAAGCGGCUUUCGCCGACGCUGCGCGCGUUCCUGGAUACGCUUAAUACGGUGCAUUCGUCUGCGAAGAUGAUUGCGCAUACGCGGUUGGUGGGUGGGUUGGUGCGGAAGGAGGCGGUUGAUACGGUGCAUCCGCUUGUGCGGGUUCAUCCCGUUACUGGGGAGAAGUGCUUGUUUGUUAAUGCGGAGUUUAUUACCAAGGUUCAGGGGAUGAAGGAGCCUGAGACGAAGUGGAUGUUGGAUUUCUUGAUGAAUCAUAUUGUUACGGGACAUGAUUUCCAGGCUAGAGUGCGGUGGCAGCCGAGGACUAUUGUUAUGUUUGAUAACAGGGCGACGACUCACUCUGCGAUUGUGGAUUACCUUGAUGAAGAUUAUGGUGCUAAAGCUCGUCAUAUCUUCCGCCUGAUUGCGUUGGGCGAGAAGCCGAUCCCCGUUUAUGAUGAGUUUUCUGAGUAG